AUGAACAGAGCCAAUAAACUUAUUUUAGAUCUAGCUAAUUAUUCUGAUCCCUUUCUUGGGGUAGUAGCGAUAAUCUAUAUCGCAGGUUGCUAGUUUGGAAUGAUGAUAAUUUAUCCAAAUUUAGAACUGAUAAUAUAGUUCCCCUUAAUUUGCUUGUUUGAGCUGAUCAUGUACAUGAUGAUCAUUGAGAAGCAUAAAAAGUAUUUCGACAAGUUAUCAUGCUGCUUGAGGCAAGGAAGUGUCAUGUAUUUAGUUUGUCUAUUUAAGCUCAGAGACAGAUUUAUGCAAGAAAACAGAUUUAAGAAGCUCAGAGUAGCAAUCAUGCUUAUAAUCACAGUAGUUGCCAUCAUGAUAUCAGUUUUAAAAUCUCCAUAGUUGUAAGCUUUUGGAUCUACAAUGUACUAUGAUAACGAGGAAGUAUCUCAAAAUGAGAUUGAGAUGUACACUACUAUGUAAAUAUCAUAGGUUAUAGUUAUGUGGCUAGUCAUUAUAUAUCAUGUACUCUAUGGCUGUGGGAAAUAUUUGAUUUACCUGACUAUCUCUGUACUAUUUUGCCCAUGCCUGUUUUGUUAUAUGAUUUUUAACCGAGGAAAUCAACAAAUUGAGAUAAGAGAAAUACCAAAUCAAUUAAACUAGCGAGAAUCCUUUGGAGGAUAUCAAGGAUCAAUGACUAAGAUGCAAAGAUAAAGAUAGGAUGUUUAAGAAUGGAUUGAAAGGAAUAGAAUUCAAUACAAGAAGUUGAUACCACAAGCAUAGGCUGCUUAAUGCUCUAUCUGUCUAAACAAUUUUCAGAAAAGAGAUUAUCUAGUUUAACUCAAAUGUAACAUAAUUCACAGAUUUCAUUAUGACUGUAUUAAGGUAUGGGGGCUAUCAAAGAUCUCUUGUCCUCUUUGUAGAUAAGAUAUAGUACCUAUUAGGUAGUACGUCACAGAUUACGAAGUGGGACUUAAUGGUAAUAUAAUAGCAACGCAACGAAUAGUUGAAAACACCAACCCUUCAAACUCAUCAGCUUAGCUAGCUAAUGAUUAAAAUACAAACAAUUUGAUCAAUGGAAAUGAACUUUAAGUAGAUGAUUUCAGUAGUAAUAGUAAUAACAAUGUAAAUAAUUAAAACAGUUAACGCCUAAGUACAAGACCCAUAAACUAGCUCGAAUAAUAAAGUCAGCAAUAACUGGACGAUUUACAGAUUAUCGUUAAUGGAUAUUAAUGA